CGUGAAGCAGCAGUAGCAUGCUGCAGUAGUACAACCUUUGAAACAUGGGUAACUAUGUUAUAGCCAAUGUUUUAAUCCUUUUCUUAAACUUGAGUACCUUACUCAAUGUUCUUGCUGCUCCAUAUUGUCCUACACCAUCUCCUAAGCCACCAAAGCACCACACUCCAAUUGUUAAGCACCCGGUUGAAAAGCCACCAAAGCAUCAUCCUCCUAAACCAUCACCAAAACCACCACAUGUUACAAACCCUCCUCAUUAUCCUAAACCUCCAACAGUACAUCCACCUCACGUUCCAAAACCCCCAACAGUGCACCCACCUUAUGUACCAAAACAUCCGCCCCCUAUUGUGAGACCACCUCAUGGUCCAAAACCACCGGUUGCGCCAAUAAGGCCACCAUAUGGUCCUACGCCACCUGUUGUGAGACCACCUCAUGUUCCGAAACCACCUGUUGCGCCAGUAACGCCACCAUAUGGUCCUACCCCACCUGUGGUGACACCACCUCAUGUUCCAAAACCACCCAUUGCGCCAAUAACACCACCAUAUAGUCCUACGCCAAAACCACCAGUUAUUAGUCCGCCAACACCAACACCGCCAGUCGUUACACCACCAACACCAAAACCGCCAACAACUGCUCCCCCAACACCACCAGUGAUUACACCACCAACACCAACCCCACCAGUUAUUACACCACCAACACCAACACCGCCAGUGAUUACACCACCAACACCAAAACCGCCAACAACUACUCCCCCAACACCACCAGUGAUUACACCACCAACACCAACACCACCAGUUAUUACUCCGCCAACACCAACACCGCCAGUGAUUACACCACCAACACCAAAACCGCCAACAACUACUCCACCAACACCAACACCACCAGUUAUUAGUCCGCCAACACCAACACCGCCAGUGAUUACACCACCAACACCAAAACCGCCAACAACUACUCCACCAACACCACCAGUGAUUACACCACCAACACCAACACCACCAGUUAUUAGUCCGCCAACACCAACACCGCCAGUGAUUACACCACCAACACCAAAACCGCCAACAACUACUCCACCAACACCACCAGUGAUUACACCACCAACACCAACACCACCAGUUAUUACUCCGCCAACACCAACACCGCCAGUGAUUACACCACCAACACCAAAACCGCCAACAACUACUCCACCAACACCACCAGUGAUUACACCUCCAACACCAACACCACCAGUGAUUACACCACCAACACCAACACCACCAGUUAUUACUCCGCCAACACCAACACCGCCAGUGAUUACACCACCAACACCAAAACCGCCAACAACUACUCCACCAACACCACCAGUGAUUACACCUCCAACACCAACACCACCAAUUAUUACUCCGCCAACACCAACACCGCCAGUGAUUACACCACCAACACCAAAACCGCCAACAACUACUCCACCAACACCACCAGUGAUUACACCACCAACACCAACACCACCGGUUAUUACUCCGCCAACACCAACACCGCCAGUGAUUACACCACCAACACCAAAACCGCCAACAACUACUCCACCAACACCACCAGUGAUUACACCUCCAACACCAACACCACCAGUGAUUACACCACCAACACCAACACCACCAGUUAUUACUCCGCCAACACCAACACCGCCAGUGAUUACACCACCAACACCAAAACCGCCAACAACUACUCCACCAACACCACCAGUGAUUACACCUCCAACACCAACACCACCAAUUAUUACUCCGCCAACACCAACACCGCCAGUGAUUACACCACCAACACCAAAACCGCCAACAACUACUCCACCAACACCACCAGUGAUUACACCACCAACACCAACACCACCAGUUAUUACUCCGCCAACACCAACACCGCCAGUGAUUACACCACCAACACCAAAACCGCCAACAACUACUCCACCAACACCACCAGUGAUUACACCACCAACACCAAAACCACCAGUUAUUAGUCCUCCAACACCAACACCGCCAGUGAUUACACCACCAACACCAAAACCUCCAACAACUACUCCACCAACACCACCAGUGAUUACACCACCAACUCCAACACCACCAGUUAUUACUCCGCCAACACCAACACCGCCAGUGAUUACACCACCAACACCAAAACCUCCAACAACUACUCCACCAACACCACCAGUGAUUACACCACCAACACCAACACCACCAGUUAUUACUCCGCCAACACCAACACCGCCAGUGAUUACACCACCAACACCAAAACCUCCAACAACUACUCCACCAGCACCACCAGUGAUUACACCACCAACACCAAAACCACCAGUUAUUAGUCCGCCAACACCAACACCUCCAGUGAUUACACCACCAACACCAAAACCCCCAACAACUACUCCACCAACACCACCAGUGAUUACACCACCAACACCAACACCACCAGUUAUUACUCCGCCAACACCAACACCGCCAGUGAUUACACCACCAACACCAAAACCGCCAACAACUACUCCACCAACACCACCAGUGAUUACACCUCCAACACCAACACCACCGAUUAUUACUCCACCAACACCAACACCGCCAGUGAUUACACCACCAACACCACCAGUGAUUACACCACCAACACCAAAACCACCAGUUAUUACUCCGCCAACACCAACACCUCCAGUGAUUACACCACCAACACCAAAACCGCCAACAACUACUCCCCCAACACCACCAGUGAUUACACCACCAACACCAACACCACCAGUUAUUACUCCGCCAACACCAACACCGCCAGUGAUUACACCACCAACACCAAAACCGCCAACAACUACUCCACCAACACCACCAGUGAUUACACCACCAACUCCAACUCCCCCAGUUAUUACUCCGCCAACACCAACACCGCCAGUGAUUACACCACCAACACCAAAACCUCCAACAACUACUCCACCAACACCACCAGUGAUUACACCACCAACACCAACACCACCAGUAAUUACUCCGCCAACACCAACACCGCCAGUGAUUACACCACCAACACCAAAACCGCCAACAACUACUCCACCAACACCACCAGUGAUUACACCACCAACACCAACACCACCAGUUAUUAGUCCGCCAACACCAACACCGCCAGUGAUUACACCACCAACACCAAAACCGCCAACAACUACUCCACCAACACCACCAGUGAUUACACCACCAACACCAAAACCGCCAACAACUACUCCACCAACACCACCAGUGAUUACACCACCAACACCAAAACCACCAGUUAUUAGUCCGCCAACACCAACACCGCCAGUGAUUACACCUCCAACCCCAAAGCCUCCAACAACUACUCCACCAACACCACCGGUGAUUACACCACCAACACCAAAACCACCAGUUAUUACUCCGCCAACACCAACACCGCCAGUGAUUACACCACCAACACCAAAACCGCCAACAACUACUCCACCAACACCACCAGUGAUUACACCACCAACACCACCUGUGAUUACACCACCAACACCAAAACCACCAGUUAUUACUCCGCCAACACCAACACCGCCAGUGAUUACACCACCAACACCAAAACCUCCAACAACUACUCCACCAACACCCCCAGUGAUUACACCUCCAACACCAAAACCACCCGUUAUUAGUCCGCCAACACCAACACCGCCAAUGAUUACACCACCAACACCAAAACCGCCAACAACUACUCCACCAACACCACCAGUGAUUACACCACCAACACCAAAACCACCAGUUAUUAGUCCGCCAACACCAACACCGCCAGUGAUUACACCACCAACCCCAAAACCUCCAACAACUACUCCACCAACGCCACCGGUGAUUACACCACCAACACCAAAACCACCAGUUAUUACUCCGCCAACACCAACACCGCCAGUGAUUACACCACCAACACCAAAACCUCCAACAACUACUCCACCAACACCACCGGUGAUUACACCACCAACACCAAAACCACCAGUUAUUACUCCGCCAACACCAACACCGCCAGUGAUUACACCACCAACACCAAAACCUCCAACAACUACUCCACCAACACCACCAGUGAUUACACCACCAACACCAAAACCACCAGUUAUUACUCCGCCAACACCAACACCGCCAGUGAUUACACCACCAACACCAAAACCUCCAACAACUACUCCACCAACACCACCAGUGAUUACACCACCAACACCAAAACCACCCGUUAUUAGUCCGCCAACACCAACACCGCCAGUGAUUACACCACCAACACCAAAACCGCCAACAAUUACUCCACCAACACCACCAGUGAUUACACCACCAACACCAACACCACCAGUUAUUACUCCGCCAACACCAACACCGCCAGUGAUUACACCACCAACACCAAAACCGCCAACAACUACUCCACCAACACCACCAGUGAUUACACCCCCAACACCAACACCACCGAUUAUUACUCCACCAACACCAACACCGCCAGUGAUUACACCACCAACACCAAAACCUCCAACAACUACUCCACCAACACCACCAGUGAUUACACCACCAACACCAAAACCACCCGUUAUUAGUCCGCCAACACCAACACCGCCAGUGAUUACACCACCAACACCAAAACCGCCAACAAUUACUCCACCAACACCACCAAUGAUUACACCACCAACACCAACACCACCAGUUAUUACUCCGCCAACACCAACACCGCCAGUAAUUACACCACCAACACCAAAACCGCCAACAACUACUCCCCCAACACCACCAGUGAUUACACCACCAACCCCAAAACCACCAGUCAUUAGUCCGCCAACACCAACACCGCCAGUGAUUACACCACCAACACCAAAACCGCCAACAACUACUCCACCAACACCACCAGUGAUUACACCACCAACACCAAAACCACCAGUUAUUACUCCGCCAACACCAACACCGCCAGUGAUUACACCACCAACACCAAAACCUCCAACAACUACUCCACCAACACCACCGGUGAUUACACCACCAACACCAAAACCACCAGUUAUUACUCCGCCAACACCAACACCGCCAGUGAUUACACCACCAACACCAAAACCGCCAACAAUUACUCCACCAACACCACCAGUGAUUACACCACCAACACCAACACCACCAGUUAUUACUCCGCCAACACCAACACCGCCAGUAAUUACACCACCAACACCAAAACCGCCAACAAUUACUCCCCCAACACCACCAGUGAUUACACCACCAACCCCAAAACCACCAGUCAUUAGUCCGCCAACACCAACACCGCCAGUGAUUACACCACCAACACCAAAACCGCCAACAACUACUCCACCAACACCACCAGUGAUUACACCACCAACACCAAAACCACCAGUUAUUACUCCGCCAACACCAACACCGCCAGUUAUUACACCACCAACACCAAAACCUCCAACAACUACUCCACCAACACCACCAGUGAUUACACCACCAACACCAAAACCACCCGUUAUUAGUCCUCCAACACCAACACCGCCAGUGAUUACACCACCAACACCAAAACCGCCAACAAUUCCUCCACCAACACCACCAGUGAUUACACCACCAACACCAACACCACCAGUUAUUACUCCGCCAACACCAACACCGCCAGUGAUUACACCACCAACACCAAAACCGCCAACAACUACUCCCCCAACACCACCAGUGAUUACACCACCAACACCAAAACCACCAGUUAUUAGUCCGCCCACACCAACACCGCCAGUGAUUACACCACCAACACCAAAACCGCCAACAACUACUCCACCAACACCACCAGUGAUUACACCACCAACACCAAAACCACCAGUUAUUACUCCGCCAACACCAACACCGCCAGUGAUUACACCACCAACACCAAAACCACCCGUUAUUAGUCCGCCAACACCAACACCGCCAAUGAUUACACCACCAACACCGCCUUCUGGAUCACCGUGUCCACCACAAGCACAAGCAACAUGCCCGAUUGAUGCUUUGAAAUUGGGUGCAUGUGUUGAUGUUCUUGGUGGAAUCAUACAUAUUGGAAUUGGUGGUAGUGCUAAGCAGACAUGUUGUCCGUUGAUUCAAGGACUUGCGGAUUUAGAUGCUGCUGUCUGUCUCUGCAGCACUAUCAAACUCAAGCUUCUCAAUGUAAACCUUGUUUUACCCAUUGCUCUUCAGCUUCUAGUUGAUUGUGGCAAACAUCCACCAGAAGGAUUUAAGUGUCCAGCAUAGUGCACUUUUGCUUGCUAGUAAUUCAUACAUCUAGUACCUUUGUAGUUUUGAGGAAUUGCAUGAAUAUUAUUAGGUUGCUUGGAAUAAGGUUAUCGUACACAAGUUGAAAGAGAAGUAUUGAAGGAAUUCUCAUUGCUUAUCAAGUUGUUGUAGGAUACCACAAAUAAAGGCCAAGAAUGUAGUAGAAGUACUGUGAUGAAAAUUGUGUAACUGAGUACUAGUAAAUUUUAUGCACUUCAUAGGUAGUCGUUCUCAUGCAAUAUGAGAUACCUUUUGAUUUUAUGAUCAGCAUUGUCAAUCGAAAAUCCAAAGCAUUGCUUGAAUACUUUUA